AUGGCCUCUGUCUCCAAGCUUGCCUGCAUCUACUCGGCCCUCAUUCUGCACGACGAUGAGGUGACCAUCAGGGAAGAUAAGAUCAAUGCCCUCAUUAUAGCAGCCGUUGUAAAUGUUGAACCUUUUUGGCCUGGCUUGUUUGCAAAGGCCCUGGCCAAGGUCAACAUUGGGAGCCUCAUCGGCAACAUAGGGGCUGGUGGGCCUGCUCCAGCAGCUGGUGCUGCACCAGCAGGAGGUCCUGCCCCCUCCACUGCUGCUGUUCCAGCUGAGAAGAAAGUGGAAGCAAAGAAAGAAGAAUCUGAGGAGUCUAAUGAUGAUAUGGGCUUUGGUCUUUUUGACUAAACCCCUUUUAUAAUGUGUUCAAUAAAAAACUGAACUUUAA